ACGUUUUUUACUGAAACAUGUUUGUUACUUAAAUAGGUUUGUUACUGAAACACAUUUUUACUGAAAUACGUUUUUACUGAAACACGUUUUUACUCAGCUCCUGCACUCCGAGGCCCACACAGUAACUGAAGAUCAGUUAUUAUAAACUUAUAAUAAAUGUAACGUGACAGUUCUGUAAAAAUACUGCCAUAAAGGACAGGAAUGAUUAUAGUGUUGGUACAAUAACACAGUCAUGAAAACAGUCGUAAAACAGCUCAUUUCUUUACUUUAUAUUUAACACCUUUAUAAAUCCUGAUGAAUGCAGUCUGUUUACUAACAUAAGCAUGCAUACUGCCUCUGAUAUGCUCAGCUCCAUCAACAGGCUCAGCUGUGCCAUCUGCUCACCACCACCAGGUGGAGGUGCAGGACUACAGAGCUCUGUGACCUCACAGGAACAUUAUCAUCCUCACUGAGAGGUUGAGUUUCAUUUAAAUGAGGCGAAAGUAGGAAGAAGCAACGAGGAAGGAAGACACACUGAAGCAGAGACAGAGGAAGAGAGAGCAGCCGAGCGGAGGGCUAGCGACAGAAGAGAAACAAACACAGAAGAAGAGCAAGGGUCUGACAUGAGAGCAGAGGAGUAAACUGUCUGCAGACAUGUCCUCCCGGGCUGAGAGUAAGACAGCCUCCCAGAUUGCAUAUCUCACCAUGAGGUUGAAGGAUAAGCUCCACCCACAGCGGACGAGACGUCCUGUCAGACUCACCCCAUCAUUGAGAGUCAAACCACCUGACCUGAACCUGCAGCAGCCCCAGUCGUCAGGUGUGUUCGCGGACCAGCAGCGGGCCGUGGUCAGCUCCCUGCAGUACUUUAAGGCUCUGGUGGACCGACUGGGUGUUGACAAACCUGGCGUGGACAAACCGGUUCUGAACCAGUCUGUGGUCGGUGGUCUGCUGGGUGGGGCUUCUGGGGGGGUCCUGGAGGCGGUCCAGACUCUGGUCCAGCUGGAGCCUCGCCUACACAGCAGUAAGACGGUCGCUGCCUGUCUUGCUCGCCUCUACCGCUCUCUGGGUCAGCUGAUUCACUGGACUGAUCAGGUGAUGUUGCAGAGUGUCUCCCACGACAACAAGGAGUCGACAGAGAGUGUUACCAAAGUGAUCAGGACCUUGCUGGACAACGUCAAGGAUCUGGUUCGAUUGGUUGCAGAGAGACAAGAAGGCUCCGCCCCCCUGUCACCUGUCCAGCCAGAGUCAUCAGGGUUUGAUGAGCAGGCAAUAUCGUCCUGCAGGAAUCCUGCUGAUGAGAAGGAGAAGAACAUGGGGGUGGAGCCAACAAAGAGAGGGGAGGUGCAAAUACUUUCAGCUCCUCCCAAACCUCCUAUGCCCAUCCCAGAGUCGCUCACUCAGGUGACCCCCCAGCUGGGACAGAGUCCUCCAGCUCUGCCUCCCAAAAAGCGCCAAUCAACAUUAAGCCCCACCCCCUGCAGGGUUGCCAUAGUAGCGCCAAUGAGAAGAGAGACUGAAAUAGAAACACCGGCUGAACAGGACGACGACUGUUUGAAGAGAUGCUCCAUUUCCUCUGCCGACUGUUUUCCUCAGAAUGAACACACUGAGGACGAUCCAGACUAUGCCUUCCUCGACACAGAUCAGUCCUCCUCGGAGACGCUCCCCCCUCUCCCUGGUUCCUCCUGUCUCCCUCCUGCCCUGCCGGAGAAGAGGCGACGCAGCACCACAGGUAACACAAGCUCCCAGACUCAGCCAUGCUUUGGGUUUGAUUCUGCCCCUGAGGACCAGAGCAAUGCCAAGUGUGAUGACAACACAGGCCCAGAUGAACCUGUCUCCUCCCCUUUGUCCCCCAGCAAGACACCCCCUCCCCUCCCUGAGAAGAAACGACACAUCCACGAGUACCUUCAGUUCUGUUCGUCCUACAGCGAUCAGUCUCCACUCAUGUUCUAUCAGAGGCCUCCAGGUUUCAGUCAGAGAUACAACAGCCGAUAUCGAGAGCUCGACGCCUCCUACCAGCUCUCUCACGCACACCUGGACACACAGCUGGACGCAGACUUCACUCCCUCACCUGAGCUGAUUCCUGCUCCGAUUCUACCACCGAAGAAGAAGCAGCAGGACUCAGCUGACAGGCCGACUGAAGAGGGCCAGGGCGGAGACAGUACCCAGAGUGUCCAGCAGGAGGUGGAGCGUGACAGGAGAAGCAGCACGGAGGAGCAGGAGGAGGUGUUACUGACUGACAAGAAGAAGAUUCUCAGCAGAAUCACCAUGAAGUCUGAGGAGGAGGAGGGUCCUGAUGUAAAGGCAGCCUCACCUGAUGUCCUAUUGGUCUAUGCUACGGGGACCAGCAGCAGAGACCAGGACCUGUACCGUGAAGCCUUCCUCUGCACCUACAGGAGCUUCAUCAGCCCAAACGAUGUCAUCAGCAAACUCCAGCACAGGUACAGACACCUGUGUGGCAGACGGGAACAUGCAGACCUGACAGCUGCCAAAAACACUUUCCACCUGCUGGUUGGCGUGGUGGACGAACUAUGUGCGAUAGAGCUCGACUCUGAUGUGCUUCUGCUACUGAUGGACUUGGUGUUCAGCCUUCUGAUUGGUGGAGAGCUGGGACCGGCCCACCAGCUGCGCUCCAACAUCCUGUCAAAGAUGGAGAAGAGGUGGAAGCUAAUUGGCUCACCUCAGUCACUCCGUCCACUUGCUGCCAAGGGUGUGGCUGCCAGACCAGGAACUCUGCUGGACUUCAGGAGUCAGGAUUUAGCUGAACAGUUGACUCUGCUGGAUGCUGAACUCUUCACAAAGAUCGAGCUUCCAGAGGUGUUGCUGUGGUCAAAGGAGCAGAAUGAGGAGAAGAGUCCCAACCUGACAGAGUUCACUCAACACUUUAACAACGUCUCCUUCUGGGUUCGUUCCGUCAUCAUCCUUCAGGACAAACCUCAGGACAGAGAGAGGCUGCUGCUGAAGUUCCUGAAGAUCAUGAAGCACCUGAGGAAGCUCAAUAACUUUAACUCGUACCUGUCAAUCCUGUCAGCGCUGGACUCUGCCCCUCUGCGACGCCUGGACUGGCAGAAAAGCACCUCAGAGGCUUUGGAGGAGUUCAGCACCUUGAUCGACAGUUCAUCCUCUUUCAGAGCCUACAGAGCAGCGCUGGCUGAAGUGGAGCCUCCCUGUAUACCCUACCUGGGUUUGAUUCUGCAGGACUUGACUUUUGUCCACCUUGGGAAUCCCGACACCUUGAUGACAUCACAGGGUUCAAAGGUUAACUUUUCCAAACGCUGGCAGCAGUUUAACAUCCUGGACACCCUGAGGAGCUACCAGCAAGUGAGCUACACUCUGCUGCCUGAUGAUGACAUCAUUUCCUUCUUUAACGACUUCAGCGAUCAUCUGGCUGAGGAGGCGCUGUGGGAGCUCUCUCUCAAGAUCCGCCCAAAGAACACUCCUCGAGCCAAUCAGAGAUGAGCUUUGGUAUAGGCGCAGCGGGUCAUGCAGCUAAUCGGCUGCACCUGUUCUGAUGCUAAUACGCUGUAACACAGAGAACUGACCCGGUGCCAAACCGGGGAGUGAGUGCCGAGAGUGAGACAUUACAGGCACAGACACAUGCAGGGUAAAACCUACAGACAUUUUACUACCAGAGGUUUCCUUCCCUCCCUCGCUCCUGUUAACAGAAACAUAUUCAGAUUCUGGUCCGGUACCCACAGAUGGAUCAGAGAGACUUCCAGAUUUUGUUGAAGGACGAAAAACUGCUUCCAAACAUCCAUGAAACAUCACUGCUUGCCUGCCUGUCAACUCACCUGCCCUUACCUGAUGGUGGAAACCUCACCUCAUCACCGUGUCUUUAAGGCCACAAAAAUUAGUUAAUGAUUAAAGCUGAUCCCACCUGACCAUCUUGGGAUUUCCAGUGGAAAGAUUCCCUGCUUAGUAGGAAUGAUGCAAAAUUUCAGCUCCCUUUAAGGGAUGAAGGUCCGACUGUUUUAGAUGUUUUUCUAGCACCGGUUUUGAUCUGUAUUUAAAUGCAUCACGCUCGGUCCAGUUACUCUGAGGGUAACUGGACUGGUUCUCAUGUAGUCCUCUAAUUUUUAAUUCAGUUUUAUUUAUAAGGAGCGUCGUACUGUAAGGCAGACCCUACAAUAAUGCAGAGAAAACCCUACAAUCAGACGCCUCCCUAUGAGCAAGCACUUGAUGACAGUGGGAAGGAAAAGCUCCCUUCUAACAGGAAGAGUCCUCAGGCCCAGGGUGGAGCAGUUGGAGUUGAUGAGCACUCAAAGCACUUUAUAUGCUUUUUUCACUCAUUCUUACUCACUCACACUUCAUUUCUACAUCUGUGUGUUUCCUGUCUGAAGGUCCUUUCACAUCGGAUGCCGCGCUGACCACUAGCCAGAGCGAACGACCCAAAAUUUGCGUUGUGCUGGCUGCUGCGCUCUGCUUGUACGAGAUGUGCCCACUUCCUGUCAUUUCAAAACACGUAUCUUUGCCAUUGGAUCCUCUACCAGAGCUUGUGUUCAAAUGUUUAAUUAAAACAUGUAUGGCCCAUUCGUAAAGAAGAAAGCUUUGUAACUAGUGAAAGUGUAUCGUUUCCACAGCACAGCUGUCCUCCCACAGAGCUGCUGAAAAGGCUCAGGAGGUCCCCACAGAUGCAUGUAAACCUGUAUCAGUUCAUCGAACUCAGACACACACCGUGUGGUUGAACUGAAGGCUUUGUUUCUAUUGACCACGUGAAGGUACGUCACAGCGUGCAGGGGUCAAAGUUCAAGUCUGCGGCAUGCGCGAGUACUCUGCUGGCGUGCUUGGCGCUUUCCUUGCCAUAGCGGUAAACCAUUAUUGCAUGGGAAAAACAGAGACAAAUGUGUUUGAGCGCGCAGCGCUACAUCCUGUGUGAAAGCGCCUUAACGUUCACACUCCGAUGAACGCAUCGAGAACAACCUUCAGUAUCUUAGCAUGCCGACUGCAGCAGCCAGGGAUCAAACCAUCAACCUUAUGAUUAGCAGAUGACGUGCUCCCCCUCCUGAGUUAUGCCACCACCAUUAUGGACGGAUGAUGAUGGAGGUGAGAUCCUGUUGCUGGACUGAGGUGGAGCAUGAAGGCGAUCCAUGAACUCGUGAUGGUGGUUCAUGGUGUCGUAGCUGGGGAACAUCAGCCUGCAGCUGGAUGCUGACGUGUUUGUAAUGCGUGACAGUUUCAGCUGCUUUUAGAGAAGAUUUAGUCGUGCUUUCUACAGACGUCCAGACCUGCUGCUGCAGAUCACACAUCCUCCAUCAUCAUCAUCGUCAGUCUGAGCUCACAUGAGCUCCACAUCCUCAGAGUCACAACAGCCAAUUUACCCUUCAACACCUGAGCAGUGAUGCUAAAACUUCCCGACCUUCAUCCCUCAAAGUGUGAGUUUAAUGUCCCGCUGAGGCCAGGACACCAACCAGCCCACCUGAGUGUCAGACCACAGAGGCCCCGAGAAGCUCAGCAUAUACUGAGGCUACAAAAUCAUUUCUCUAAACAUACAUGAAUAUGGGAAAUCACCAGCUCACACAGUAAUGAACACUGUGGGGGUGUCACAGCUGGUCACAUGAUCUGUUUCCAACUCACAGCCACGGAGACGCCGUUCAUCGUCCCACAUCAAACACACCUGUGCAGGAAACAGGAUGCAUCAUACAGACACACCUGUAUGAAUAUUACACAUGACUGAUAAAUAUGUUCUAUCUUUAUUUAUUCUCCCCCCGUGUACAUAACCAGCAGCACCAGUGCGUCUGAUCACCCCGUUCACUUUAAAUAACACAAUCUUAUUAUAGCGCCGACCUGCCGGCAGCUGAUUAUGGAUUAUUUUCUCUGAAUGACCAACUGAUCAGUGGUGAGCUGAACAAGCGCCGAUCAGAGCCACCGAUGAAUGAAACAUUCAUCUAUAAGAUGUGGUCCAGCGCUAACUUCAUGGACUGUGGAGACUUUCUGUUUACAUGUAAUUUUAACAGAAAUGAAUAGUUGGUGUAUUAAACAGCUGCAUCAGAUUCUGCUCAUCAUCAGUGCCUCCACACGACAACAAAAUACGGACGUGGGCAGGAUCGAGAAACCCUCAUUCACCUGGAAGCUGGCCCAAGAGGUCAAAGUCCACAUUUCUACACACCGCGA